AUGGCUCGUCCACCGGCAGACAACAGCAACCAAGCGACAAGAUGCCCUAAACGUCCGAUCAUCAAAGCAGAACACCUUAGAGAGACGCCUGUCAAGAUAGUCGUUGGGACCGGCGACAAGGCCGCCACCUACCAUCUUCCACCGACGCCGCUAAAAGUCAUAUCACCAUACUUCAGAGCAUGUCUAAGCGACGAGUUUUCCGAAGGCGCUACCAACGUCGUCCACCUCCGCGAUGCAAAUCCAGCGGUCUUCCACCACUUUGUCGCGUGGCUACUGCGUAUUCACGAUCUUGGCGGCAAUCUCGAUAGGACCAAGCCACUCAUCGGCUUAUGGAUCCUGGGAGACAGCAUCAUGUGUGAGGAUCUACAGAACAGAGCGAUGGACGUCAUGAGGCAACUUCAUCUUGAGUAUUCGGGACACGAUUGGCAUGCUUCUGCUGGGUGCAUCCUGUUCGCUGAACUCGCUUCCAUUGUUGCACAUACGUGCGAGGGCUCGGAGUUGUCAAGCUAUGCCAUGGACAAGAUCGCCCACGCCAUGACAAGAGGACUGAAACUGCGCGAACUGAUGAAGUCCGGAGCUUACUGGGCCAGGAUCCCGGAGACAGUCAAGACUGAAAUCUUCUUGCGUUACCAGCAUUAUGUCGACCUGGGAUCGAAGGACUCAGACCCUGCUCAGGGUGAGGGUUGCCGCUACCAUGUGCAUGACGACACGGAGAGUAGGGUCACAUCCGAAAACGGACAGAAGGCUGGUACGAAGUAG